UCUGCCAGCCUUCGCGAGGCAGUUGUAAGUUGUAAUCGCGGCGUUGUGCUGUGUUUUUACCCCCGUUUCUUUGCCACCGUGCUCGAAAUCCUCCCCUCUGAGGAGAGCAGAGCUACGGCGUGUUGAGGAGGCGGGUUAGAUGCACGCAAAGCCUAAAACCGAGUGUGAGCGAUAGGAAGAGCUUUAGGUGGAUGCUGGCGUGAGAGCUCACCUUGCUGGCUUUUCCCCUCAGCAGGUUGGAGACCUGCUUUAAACGCUCCUGUUCGUUAAAUCCGUCUUCAACCGGAGGAAACAUCUCCGCAACGGUGGCGCCAGCUAAACCCAGCCUGUUCGUGCUUGGACGAUGGUAGAAGACAUGGCCAAUUCUGGAGAAACAAAGCAGGCUGAAGAUGGAAACGGAGACAUCCCCCCUUCAGAUCUGAAAGGGAAUGAAAUCAACGAUGGAAAUACCAGCUCAGACAAUACAGAAUCGUCAUCGGGUGAGAGCUCGGAGGAAGAGGCUGAGGAAGAGGAGGAAGAAGAGAGGGAGUCAGAAAACGGGGAGGGGGAGUCAUGUGCUAAGGAAUUCAGUCAGGAAACAGACGAGGAGCCCAAGGUGACAGACAGCGGAAACCCCCUGAAACACUGCUGUGAAAAAUGUCAAGCUCUUCAGAGACCUCAGUAUGAUCUUGUCACACCUAGGAAAAUCUCCAGAGGUCGGCUGCAACUGAUGCUGGAGGACGAGGGGGUGUAUGAGUGUUCGUUGACAGGCCUGGUUUUUGAGGUCUCUCAGAAGGUGCGGAUCCGCUACUGCAUUCUCUCCUGGAGCAAGUUCGGUACCUACCUGAAUGAUUCUUGGAAGUUUGCCGGGCCCAUUUUUGACGUGGACUGCGAUCCGACCAUCCUCAAGUCCAUCCAGUUUCCUCAUUCACUCUGCCUGGCAGACCGGGACGAUGAGGUCAAAUUCAGUGUCCUUCAUGUAAAGAACAAUCAGGGUCUCAUCGAACCAUCAGUAGAUCACUCUCGCAACCACAUAAAGUGGAGCGUGUCCUCUCUGUCUCCUGUUGGGCCCAUCGUUCAGACCACUAAGCCAGCAGAGCACCACGGGGUCGUCCUGGUCUAUAAGGAGGUGGGCCAGCCGGACUCGUACUCCUUCAGGGUCUACCUGACUUCUAACAACGACUCUGACAUCAAUGACAUUCGGAAGGAGGUGAGGACCUCAAAAAAGAGGUACAUGAAGAUAGAGAAGCCACCCAUAUGCCAGAAGCUGCUGAAGGAGAACAGAAAGUACCGCCUGAUCAGCGAUUCUGAGGGGGACAUCACCCCAGAGGAUAUCCAGUUCACAUUAGCGGUGGUGAAAAUGAAGGGUUACUUUGAGGCAUUUUUUGAACAACAUCCUCCAUUCAAGCUCUCCCUGAUGGAGGCCGACACUGAGCAAACCGUGUGGUCAGCUAUCAUUCGGGAGAGAGACUGUGUGGACAACAGUGUUGAAAAAACCCAGAAGCGAAGAGAGAAUCGAAAACGAAGCAGCACAUCAGAGGAGGAGCUGACCAAUAAAAGAGCUCGAUGGGGCGAUGAGUCAGACGGUCCUAGAGCAACCAAAGACAUGACAGACCAGCAGCUGAUGUCGGUGGCUAAAUGCAUGGGAAAGGAGUGGAAGACAGUGGCCAUCAGCUAUCUGGACUUGACCAAGCUCGACCUGGAAGACCUGCUUGAGUCCAAGGAGCAGGACCUGACUAUGAUGAAGUUCAACAUGCUGGACCUGUGGAGGAGAAAGCAGCCCAAAGGAGAAGCUGGAGUCACGUACCUCCUUAGGAAACUCCGUCAAGAUGACGUGCCUAACGAAGUCAUCUGCUUACUUCAGGACAUGCUUUAAAAUAAGUAAUUCCUCUUGAUGAGUCCAGUGGAUGCAAAAUGUGAACAAAACAGAGAUGAACUGAGGUCUGUAUCACUUCCGUCCAGCAUCCUCGGACCUUAAACUUGAAGCUUUGUAUCUCCAACACGGGUCACUCAACCACUGGUAAACCUUUCAAAACGGUCCCUUCUUAUUCAUCCUGACCAACUUUCACUCAUUUCAUUUUGACCACUAUUUGAGGAGAUCAGUUGAAUCAUUGUUUUUGGUUAGGGUCUAAUCGAUAUGAAGUUUAUUCUGACCGAUACUCGAUUUUAAGGGUGUACAAAUCAUAUCAGUCAAUAAAGCACUGUUUAAAACUGCUGGGUUAUAAACUUUAAGUCAUAGUGAUAUUGGCCAGUGAUAUCAGUUAUUGGAAUUUUUGACCCUCCUUCAAUAGGUUUUGAAAUCGGCCACAGAAAUUUCAUAUCGUCUGGGCCAUAAUUUACCUUUUCGGCCUGCGUUGAAUAUGAAGUCUCUGUAAUGAUGGGCAUAUAAGCUUGGUUUGUUCAAAUUUUAAGCCAGUAAAAAAAUAUCGCUGAUACUGAUAAGUCCGAUAUUAUCAGACAGCAUUUUCUUGAUGGGAAAAUCUAUGGGAAUCCCAGUGGUCUGCCAGUUGAAUAUGAGGGAUAUUGUGCAGCUGUAAUAAACUACUAUGAUAUGGUGCUGCAAAGUAAGCCAUUACAGCUCAGCUCAGUAGCUACUUGAAUGAACAGAUUCUUUGUGUACUUUUUAAUUCUGUUACUGUAGAUGUGACGUGUGACAUCAUGACGUGGCUGUUUUCUCAUUGUAUGUUCUUGUUUUGUUUUUUUUUUCCCCAAAUGGAAAAGUGAAACUCUUUGUGUUUAUGGACAUUGUGGUGACUCAGAGGAAAACCUAAUUAUGUUUACUCAUCACAUUUGGGUUCUAUUUUUGGGUGACCUGACCUGGAAAGUUAACUCAAAGACUUUAUCUCAAGGACCAAACAAGUUCCCAACAGUGGCACCAAGAGCACUGGUAGCAUGUAAAGUAUUUUGUGUUUUUUGUAGAUCAUGUAAAUUUUUAUACGCGCUCAAAAAACAAGGUGUUAAUUAACAGCAUACCUUCUGUUUUACCACAACGUUAACAUAUUUUUUGAGGCCAGACGAACUUAGCAUAUAAUUACUUUCACUUUCUUUUUGAAUAUAGUUACAUACUGUUCUGUGCAAAUGUCAGAGAUUUCCCUUCAUUUACUACAUUUCUAGUUCAAACUGCCAUUGAGUACCAGUUCUAGCUAUGGGUCUGAAAGGAUGUGUAGCUGAUCAGAAGAACCUCACUGAGAAAAGGAAACUAAAAUGAAUACUUGCACCAGAAACACUGAAACUGGACAACUGAGAUGUGAAGUGAUGUUUUAGGAGUCUAAAUUUGUAAUUGGGAUUAUUGAGAUUGCAAACCAACCUCUAAGACUGAACUUUGGAGGUGUGUCUGCAGAUUUACUUGAGAAGCUGAAAGUGAGUCUCUUGGAAAAAAUGGAAGCUGGAAUAAAGGUAAAGAGUGGACACAGUAAAUACUGAAAUAUCUGAUAUAUUUAUUAUCAAAUGUAUAUUAAGCCUUCUGUGAAGGUGGGCUCUGACGCUUGCACACUACUGUACAUAUUUAAUUACAUACACUAUACCGCCAAAAGUAUUUGCUUGUCUGCCUUCACAUGCAUAUAAACUUGUGACAUCCCAUUCUUAAUCCAUAGGGUUUAAUAUGAUGUUGGCUCACCCUUUG